UGAAGUCGAACGCCCUGGACAGGUAAUCCUCACAUAAUUUAGCCUUUUGCGCUGUCUUUAUCCACUGCCCCUCUCACCUGCACCCACUUGCGAGGAGGGGCUCAGGAGAGGAGGACAGAGUUGGUCAUGGCUCAGCAGGAUCCUGUCUGUGAGUUUGGCAUUCCUCAUAUGUCAAGGCAUCGGAAAUUUUAACCCAGUCAUCAAGAUCAUCCAUGAUGUUGGAGACGCUGCAGCAGAAGGAUCCUCCAUCAGAGUUUGUUGACAUUGCAGAGAGGAACCGGAAGAAUGAAAGCCUUGGGAUGAAUUGUGGCGAAAGAGUGAGUCAGGUGGAAGACUAUGCGGCUGCUCAAGAAGAAUGGGAGGCUGUGCAGUGUGUCGAGCCAAUCCUGCGUUCCCCAUACAAGGAGGACCUGCACAAGAGCCCCAAGAAGUUCAUCAAUGGGUCUUCGUCCUCCCCAGCGAAGUCCCCAUCAAUGUCCCCACAGGCGCUGGCCCCCAAUGUUCGGAUCACGCCCCACACCGACUUUGAUGAAGUGUGGGAUUUCUUUACUCGACAGGAUAUGAGUCAUGUGAUGGGAUCCAUAAAACCCACUCUUGAAAGAAGGGGAGUGAAUGGUCUCUUCAGGACAAUUUUUGGGCCCAAGAAACUAAAGGCAGAAUUGGUAGAUGAGAGAAACCUUCUUUUUGCAAUUGCUCAGUGUCAAUUUGACAACAGUGAGCCAAUUCACCUUCAGAUUUUGCAGACAGUGUACAAGGUUCUAACAGGCACCAAGAUAGACUGCCCACGCUUUGGCAGUCACUGGGAUGUCAUUGGUUUUCAGGGUGUGGAUCCAGCAACAGAUCUCCGAGGCGUUGGCUUACUAGGCUUGGUUCAUGCUCUUCAUUUAUUAACCUAUGAAGCAGUACUGCCACUGGCGAGGGACAUAUUUCGUCUAAGUCAUGACCAGCACUCCCAGUUUCCAUUCAUGGUGCUUUCCAUCAACGUAACUCGCAUAUCAUUGCAAACCCUCCGGGAAGGUCAUCUCAACAAGGAGUGUAAUAGCCGUGGCAAUGUAAGACAUGUCCUGAACGAGUAUUUCACAGCUGUUAUGUUCCAUAUUUAUUGGAUAUGGAAAACAGAAUGCAAAACCAUAAAGGAUUCAGGUUUUCUGAUAAAAGAUGCCGAAGCUUACUGCAAGAGGAAUGUAAAGACAGUUUUGCAAAAGUUACAGGCCCAGCUCCGCAAAUACUCGCAUCAGGAAGCUGAAAUGUUGUGAUUAUGCAGAAUAAACAUUUUUCUGUAUGUAUGGAAGGAUCUCAGUGAUAUACAAGCAUAUUCAAUAUGAUAUAUAAGAAGAGUGAUUGGUUGUGAGUAUACAGGUGUUAGGUGACCUUUUUGGUCAAGGUUUUAUAUAUAUAAGAAGACAAUACUUGAAUUAUUAGAAUUUUGUUCUGUUAUGUGCUCUAUAUGUUUAUUUUUAGAAGACCGUAAAAUCUCUUUUAAAGUGCCACAAAUACCAUACGACUAUGGCAUACUUGGGUUAAAAGAUUUGAAGUGGUUCUAUUUUGGGGUGGUUUAAAGAAUUGUAAAAGGCCUUUCACAAACAACUAUGAUGAGUAAAUAAAAAAAAAUUGUGGGAAUUGAUAGGGGGUAAUGAGGUGUCUUAGGUUUGGUCAUUAAGAUUUUUAUUUUCCCCUGUGUAUGAGAGAAUCUUUUUUAUUAGCAAAGUUCAGAAAUAUAUAUAUUGACUAAGCAGUUCUUAUGGUCAUAUGUGGCAAAGCAUGAAGCUAACCGUGUGAAAUACGCUUUUCAUAUUUAACAAGGAAUGUUCAUUAAGCUAUGCUAUAAGUGAAGCUAAGUUAUUUCUGCUAAUGAGAAAUAGAUAUAUUUGAAUAAAGAUAUAAUAAUAGGAAGUAUAUGACAUCAUGAGAAAACUGAAUCCAUGAAUAUAAGUUGACCAUUGUGUUUGUGACAGCGGUGCAGAUCUCAGUACCUGUGAUAUGCUUUUGUGUUUUGUGAUACUUAGUAUGAGGACUAACCCUGACAAAGAUAGAUGUGAAUCUGCAUGACGAGCUUAAUUAACCCGGUUGAGAAUCAUGAGAAUGUCUUGGUAUCUUGAAAGUUGAGAGUAUUUUUUAAGAAGCUUUUAUAUUUGUUUUUCCUGCUUUAACAGUGAUGUGAAAAGAUAUUUAAUGUAUUUAUCAUAAGAAGAUAUAAGAUAUAAAAAUAUAUACCAAGACACACCUAAUACAUGUUCAAACUUUUCAUAUCAUGAUGCAUAUUGAAUUAGACAAUAUUUUCAAGGUUGGUGAUCAAGUCAGACAAACUGAAUAAAACCCAAAAUGACAUUAGUUUAUGUGAUAUGAAAGAAAGGAAUAAUUAGUGAAGUAUGAUGGAAACCUAACAAUAUUGCUCAUUUUCUGUAGAUAGUACUGUUGCACAUUAGCUGGAAUACCUCUCGUAACUUUUUAUUAGACAUUUAUUGCUAACGGAUCACCUCACUGCACUGUAGUAUUGAUGUAUGGUACAACAUGCCCGCACAUUGUGUGACUCUCUAUGUACAAUGCCCAGGUCAGGCUGGCCUACUUAUUAUUAUGUUUUAGUUGCUAGGAGUUGUGUAGAAUGUCUGUGUAGAUUUCCUUUGUAGCACUGUACUUGGGUAGGUGCUGUGUUCUGAUAGUUUGCUCCAAAAGUUGGUCCAGGGAUGUUUCAUAGCCCUUCAGUGGGACCUUCUUGAUUACGUAGAUUUUGUUUGUGUGAGUAGCUUUAAGGAGAAUAUUUUGAAAGUACUUAUUUUGUUGAUUCCAGGCUGUGUAAUUACAAAGUGUGAGCAUGUAAUGUUGGCUUUCAAGUAACUAGUAAUUAUGGUCUUCAACAGCAACUACUUAAACAGCGUACACUUCAGAGAUGUGCACUUCUCAGUUGGUAUAAUGAUGUCUAUGGUAAUAAUAGAUAUAUGAAUUUUGUAUAUGGAAUUCCCCAAAUAUGUUUUUUAAUUGAUUUUGCAGUAUACGAUUGUUUUUGUUCUACUGAUUUAAGAGGUAAUUAUUGUUAAAAUUUAGUGAGUUAAAUUCCACCUACUGCUUAACCCAUUAUACUGGGAUGACAUACAUGGCGUGUCCACUGUGAUAUUAGUAUUGGUUUGGUUUUGUUAAUGUGGUUUACACAUAAAUGGCUCCACAAGUGCUUAGUCACCAAGGAGUCAAUUACUAAUCAUACCUAUCUCAUAUGUAUACAUUUUUCCUUGAUUUUUGGAAAGAUUCCUUUUGAUUUUUGCUAAUAGUAUUGUUAAUAAUGUUAUGAUGUCUUCCUGAAUAUUCACAAAAUUGGGAAAUCAGUUGAGGUCAUGAUAGGCCUGCUAAUUGACUCCUUGGUGACUGAGCACUUGUGGAACCAUCUGUGUAAAAAAAAAAAAAAAAAAAUCAAAACAAAACUGCAGUGGAUAAUACGUGUAUCUGGCACGGAUGGGUUAAAUAUGGCAAAGAUAAUCAGCCACGGAUAAGGGUAAAAGUAGAGAUGCAGCAUUAGCGGAAGCCUUUUUGUAAACUGUGCUUUAGAAAUAGAUAUCCCUCUGACUAUAGCUAUGGCUUUAAAAUAGUGUAUCCAUGUGAUCAUAGGAUAUAGGAAAUACAUAAUGGAAUAUAAUAUGAUACUUUCUAAAUGUAUGAUGUUUAUUAAUUGUUUAAAUUCUGUAGAAGAGAAAGAAUAGACAUUCUAGAUGCCAGUGUCCAGAAUGUUGUUUGUAAAACCAAAAUACAACGUUCAUUUAAAGGACUGUAUAUCUAGUGUACAAUCCAUAUCAUAAAACAUUGUAUCCUCACCACUUCAGGGCAUAUGUAGCCCCAUAUUAUGAUUUUUUUUUUUUUUUUUUUUUUUUUAGAAAUAUUAUUGUCUUUUAAACUGACAGGGACCACCUACAAGUUAAUGGUGCAGCCGUACAUUGCAAGUUGAAGGCUUAGUUACUGGAGGACUAGUUAGGGGCAAGGGGCUAAUUUUUAGGCUUAGAGAGCUAGUUUUGUCCCUCCUCAUUACAUUUCUGUAAACCAAAGUUUGUGUAGUUUGUACUACAUGCUUUUUUUUAGUUAGCUUUACUCUUCAUUGAAGGAUGAUGUACUAAGUACAAUACCUGCAUCUCUCGGUGAAACUAUAGAAUUGUUUUAUUCAGUUUGUAUAUUUCCUUUCUUUAGAUUGUUCAAAACUUGUUUUAUGGACUGAAAAGACAUACUCAUUAUUUUUUAUUACCUUUGUGUUUAUGCUGGAAUGUGCAGUCAUAUCACCUUUUAUAGCAGUUUCUGUGUGUGUGUGUCAUCAUAAAGUGUUAUAGAGUAAGGUUGAUAACCAUGGGUACACUUAGGUUGAUAUCUGUAACAUUGUAAGACAUUUAUAGAGUGUAUUAAGAUGGAUAUUGUGAUAAAGAAAUUUUCAUUUCAUCAUUGUUGUUACUUGUGACUGAGCAUACUCUUGUUGGUUUACUGUUAAAUGGUGUUUUAUAUGUUUCUUGACUGAAGGCUGAUUUAUGAUAUGUAUUUGGAUAUUUUUUUAUUGAUUAUUGUAAUAGGUGCAAGACUCAUCAGUAUUUAUGAUGAGAAUAAGUGAUCUGUGUCUUUUUCAUAAUUGUGAUAUUAGAACUUUAUUGCUAUAUGCUAUUUAGGCAACAACUGCAAGCCUUAUAUAUUUAUGUGUGGUUAUAUAUAAAAUUCUUCAUAUUUAAAUAUAUAAACAAAACUAAGAAAAAAUAUCAGCAUAAUAAGUCUUAUCCCAUUGGGAUUUAUGAUUGAAGUAGAUAACCAUAUAUCUUGAUGUCUACAUGUUUAGUAUCACAUCAUGAUGUAAACUCUAUAUAGGAAUUAAUUAAAAAAAAUUAUGUUACUGUCUUUGUAAAGUGAUUGGGAAAUCGGUGAUAAAGGUAGAUACUGGAUGUUUUCACUAUAUUUGAGAAGCCCAUGAAUAUCGAUGUACUUAAUUCUCCAUUAAUGAUACGUUCACAAGAGAGACAAUGCAUAAUGCUUCGUAUAUAUGGAUGAAAUAUUUUAAUUCUUUUAGUCGAACAAAUUUUGUGAUAAGCAAGUCUAAAGUAUAGGAAUGUUGAUUCUCAUGGAGCUCUUGUCAUGUUAUAAGCUGAUUUUAGAUAAACAGACAUUUGAUUAUUAAUAUUUUGAAGUUCUACAAAUGAAAUGAGAGCUGAUGUAUGAUGCUAAAUAUAUAAAAAGCCUAAGUUUAUUCUUAAAAUGUAUUUCCUUUCUUUUUCUUUGAGGUCAUUUGGAAAGUCUGGUAAAAAAAAAAAAAAGAUUUUCAUUUGAAUAUUGUCAAAUCAACUUGCUACUUGUCUCAGUGAUGGAAUUAGCUACAAGAGCACACAAGUGAUGCUUAUUAUAAUUGAUUGUGUACAACUUUUCACCUUUUUAUAUUAAAAUACCAGCACAGU